GUCACCAACCGACGAUUAACGAGACGAAAGUCGCUCGUGUAUCGACAGCCGCUUUGUAGAUAUAAACAGGCGCUCCGACGAAUUUAGUAUCAGUCGAGUUUCAAAGCUCCAAGGAGUACGGACUAUAUUUUAAAAAAAAAAAUACUUAAUAUUAAAAACGUGUUUUUAAAUUUAUCAGAAAAUGUUCUCAAGAUUAGUUGUUUUGGGUUUCGUUAUCUGUGUGGCGAAUGCGGCGACUUGGAUAGGUCGGUUACCGAAAAAACCUGAACAUUUAGCCCACAAAGAGGGAUGUUACGUUAAGGAAAUUGAUGACGUCAUAGCAUUUGGAAAAACUGUAGCACCCAUUGGACAUUGUUACGAGAUAUCAUGCGGGAAAAGGAUGAUGGACUAUUCUUCAUGCGGUACAAUUGACUCCAGCGACGAAUCCAAGUGUUUCAUUACUGACAUAGAUCUUAGCAAGCCCUUUCCAGAUUGCUGUCCUCAAUUUAAAUGUGAUAUUGAAAACAACAUCGACUAGAUUAGAAAUUUAUUAUAGUUAUUGACAUCCGCGUAUCUAGUGGCACUUGUCGUCAUAUCGAAUUAACGAAAAUGUUAAUUAAGCUUGCCGUGUGAAAAUUGAAUAGAGGAUGACCGAGCUUUGCUCGUUUUUUUUUUUUUUUUUAUAACGCCAUCUUGUUGUGUCUUUAAAGCAGUAAAAAUAGUAUUAUUAUUCGCCAAUAGACGUCGGGAAGAGUCAUAAAGUUGAUUAUCGAUAAAGUUGAUUAUUGAAAACACGAAUAAAACAACUUUUCUGAAAAUGAAUCGUAGCUAGAUCGAUUUAUCGCCCCCGAAAUCCCCUGUAUACUAAAUUUUAUGAAAAUCGUUGGAGCCGUUUCCGAGAUUCAGAUUAUAUAUAUAUAUAUACAAGAAUUGCUCGUUUAAAGGUAUAAGAAAAAUAGUCCAAAAUUGUGACAUCACUACACUUUAGUAUACAAUAGGGGAAUUUUCGGAUAUAAAUUAUAAAGCUGUUUUUUAAAAUUGUUAGUGUUGACCUGACAAAGUGAAAUCAAAUGAAAAUCAGCUAAUUUUACUAUGUACAAUGUGUAUUUUUAUUUCACAUAAACCAAAACUCGGCAUGUUGAGACAGCUGUUUCGUUACCAAAAUUUAUAAUUUCAAAUAAUUUCCUUUUUGAUAAUUUUGUAAUUAUUGUUUUAAAUUUAUUCAGUGUUACUGUUAUUGAUAAAAUUAUGUGAAUCACAGAUAAUGAGCUACAAUUUAAAUAAUGUAAUGAAACAGACAAAUAAAAUUUCGUGAUAGCAUUUUCGAACAAGUAGAAACGAAACGAGAGAAGAAUUUAAAUUAUAAAAGACAAAGAACCAUAGAGAACCUAAUAGGUAUCUGUUGUUUUAAAUUGUAAAGUUUUUUUUUUUAAAGUUAGUGCAACGGUAGACAGUGCCAUUGGAUGUCAAUUAAGUAGACUAUAGAUAGAGUUCCUUAUGAAAGAGUUGGGAGUGGGUCGUGUUAAUUUCACUCCGUCUCUAGAAGCUAUCUUGCCACCAAAUUGUUGAUUUAAUUUAUUUUAUUAAUUAAAUAAGAAAUUAUUUUUAAUAUUAA